GAAUAUAUGCGCAGAAAUUUAGAUCAGAUUUUCUUUGAUUCUCAUUCUUUCUCUUUUGUGCGUUUAAUUUCUUUACGCAAACCAAUGACUCUACAUUAUUGAAUGGAACCAAAAGUGUUCUAUUUUUCGUGUAACAAAAAUGAUUUUCUUUAUACUAUAUUUAUGAUUUUUUUGUGAAAAAUUUUGAACUUAUUAUUAUAAUGUGGUUAUCAAUAGAUAUUAUUGCUGGAAAAAGUUUAUCGUGACAAGUAUUACAUCAUCUUUCAUGAAUUGUUUGGGUUUUAAUUCCCAAUAAAUAUUAAUGAGAUAUGCAGCAUCAAGUUAAACAAAAGCAUCAGCAAUCCUUACUACAUAAGUACAACUACAGUGGAUUUAAUCGUGUUAUAAAUCUACAAGAUGUCUGCAGUAGAAACACCACAUUUGAUUCGCACUAUAGAAUGGGAUAUGAUGGACAAGACAAAGUUUUUUCCAUUGAGCAUGCUUUCAUCAUUUUCUGUACGCUGUUGUUUAUAUCCCUUAACAGUAAUUAAAACUCGUUUACAAGUUCAAAGGCACAAUUAUAUGUACAAUGGAAUGAUAGAUGCUUGUAAAAAGAUUUAUAAAAUUGAAGGUAUAAGUGGAUUAUAUCGAGGAUUUUGGAUAAGUUCUAUACAAAUUGUAUCUGGUGUUUUUUAUGUAUCUACAUAUGAAGGUGUACGUUACAUACUUAGACAAAAUGAUGUUAUCGGUAAUAUAGACUCUAGAGUCAAAUCAUUAAUUGCUGGUGGAGCUGCUAGUUUGGUAGGCCAAACAAUAGUAGUCCCUUUUGAUAUUUUAAGUCAGCACUUAAUGGUUCUUGGGAUCAACAAUAAACAAGGAAAAUAUAUAGAUAAGAUGGGUAUGAAUCCAUUGGGUUUAAUUCUUGAACCAGGAAAAUCUCGUGCACAGAUUUCAAUAGAUAUUAUCAAAUCAAUUUAUCAAAGAGAUGGAUAUAGAGGUUUUUAUAGAGGAUAUUGUGCAUCUUUAUGCGCUUAUGUUCCUAAUAGUGCCCUUUGGUGGGGAUUAUAUACAUCGUACCAAGAGGAGCUUGUAAGAUUGUUUCCAGAAUGGGUUUCUCAUUUGUUUAUUCAAGCAGUUGCUGGUACAUUAGGAGGAUUUACCACCACAAUUAUUACAAAUCCUUUAGAUAUCGUACGAGCAAGGUUACAAGUACAAAGAUUAGACAGUAUGUUUAGUGCAUUCAAAGUUCUCUGGGUGGAAGAAAAGUUGCAGAUGUUUACAAAGGGACUUUCCGCCCGUCUUGUACAGUCUGCUAGUUUUAGUUUCUCAAUAAUUCUAGGAUAUGAAACUAUUAAAAGAUUCAGUAUAGUUGAGGAGUACAAAAAUUGUAUUAGGUGGUGAAUUUUCUAAACUUAUUUGUUGUAAAAUAAUGUUUUCUGCCAUGCAUUUUUCAAUAAUUUCUGUUGUAUUAUACACAGAAAUAAAUAAUUACGCACCAAAGAGAAAAGAAUGAGAUCAUAGUGAUCUGUUCUCUAAAUUGUUUUAAUAAUAGUACAUUUAAUACAUGAAAUAUAAAAUGUAAAUAUGAUACAAAAUAUAUGGAAAAGUUUAUUUUAAAUAAUAAAUAAUAAUUGAUUAUAAAUUUUAAAGAGAAUAUAA